GAAUGCGUCGGCAUUUAUAAACGCUCAACUCAGAUUCAUGUCGAUUCAGUUUCUUUCGAUUCACAUUCGAAUGAUCUGUCAAUUUUUCAUUCCAAUCGGUUGUGGCUGAUUUAUCCAACAAUCAGUGAAAUUCUAGUGUGCGCGUUACACUCCAGAAGAGCACGGGAAUUUUUUUCAAAAAUUCUCUGCGAGGUUUUUUUUUUAUAACUCUGUUGAUAACAGUGCAACUAUACACUGGGAGAAUUCAAUUACUAUUUAUCGAUAUUCUCAGGUAAUUGAGUGGUUAAUUGAACUCAUGUAUUUAUCGGAGGAAGAGACGAGGGAAACGUUCAGGAGUCCUGGGAUAUAGUGAACCAGAGGGGGAAGGGAUGUAAAAUCUUAGCAGCACAUAUUGGUAAGAACGAAGAGGACAGUAGUUGUAGAAGACAACUGUCAACAAUGAGAAACGGCAAGAGUGUCAAUAUGACUGUCACUGACAAGUCAAUCAGCGGUUACGUGAAUCAGGGAAUGCAUGGCUCUCAGGAAAAUCUUGAUCUCCAUAAUUCGAAUAAUUCACAGGUCUUGAGGAAUUCCAGCGAUCAAACAAAUUCUGACAUGCAGGGCUCCUUCGAUUUCAUUUUGGUGGAGGAACCAGGAGAUGACGAGGUGAAGCAAAAAGAUAGUGUCUUCAAAUCGGCGUUUCAGUACGCGGGACAUCGACUGAAAUCGGUAUGCACCAAGAAGAUGCUCUACAAAAGAUUACCAGUGCUCAAUUGGCUGCCCAAAUACAACGGAGAUGAUGCAAUCGGUGAUAUCGUUGCUGGUAUCACUGUUGGACUCACUGUCAUACCUCAAUCGUUGGCCUAUUCAAAUGUCGCGGGAUUACCUCCUCAGUAUGGACUGUACGGUAGCUUUUUGGGCUGCAUUAUCUACAUAAUAUUCGGGUCUUGCAAGGACAUACCAUUCGGUCCCACGGCGAUAGUCUCAUUACUCACGUAUCAAGCAGUUGCUCAACUUGAGGAAAAAGUUUUGCAUGCGAUACUUCUCUGUUUCCUGUGUGGAGUCGUCCAGCUAUUUAUGGGCGUAUUUGGCCUAGGAUUUCUCAUCGACUUUGUGUCUGGACCAGUCAGCUCGGGAUUUACCUCGGCUGUCGCGUUGAUUAUCGUCAGCACGCAGAUUAAAGACAUUCUUGGAAUUCCAGCAAAAGGUGCAACAUUCAUACAAUUGUGGAAAAGUUUGUCUGAGAGUAUGAGAACACAUGGGAUUCAACCGUGGGACACUGUACUCGGCUGUUGUUGCAUUGCUUUACUUCUUCUCCUCAGGGUAGUGGCAUCGACAAGAAUUGGUCCAGAGGAUGAUGACCUCAGAACCCGACGUCACAGAAUAUUAACAAAAAUUAUGUGGCUAGCUGGAACAUCUCGGAAUGCCAUUCUCGUUAUUUUGUGUGGCCUUUUAGGGUUCUGGUUCUCUGAUAAUUCCCCUUUAAAAUUAAUUGGACCUAUACCCAGUGGAAUGCCAAUAGUUCAAUUACCACCAUUUGGCUAUACCAGAGAAGACAACACAACAGUUUCGUUCUUCGACAUGUGUUCGAAUUUGGGAAGUGGAUUACUCGUACUGCCACUGAUUGCGUUGAUGGAAGACGUCGCAAUUUGCAAAGCCUUCGGAAAUGGAAAAUCCGUGGAUGCUACUCAGGAAUUAAUAGCGAUAGGAAUAGCGAACAUCGGGAGCUCAUUCGUUCAGGCAUUUCCGGGGACUGGAUCGCUCAGCAGGAGUGCCGUCAAUAAUGCAUCGGGUGUUCGAACACCAUUCGGUGGACUUUACACAGGCAUUCUGGUCAUUCUGGCGCUAUUAUUUUUUACACCAUAUUUUUACUACAUACCAAAGGCAUGCUUGGCAGCAAUAAUAAUAGCGGCAGUUAUCUUUAUGGUUGAAGUCAAAGUGAUAAAGCCCAUGUGGAGGACGAAAAAGACGGACUUGGUGCCAGGUAUCGCCACAUUUGUAGCAUGUCUAGUGCUCCAAUUAGAAAUCGGUAUUCUCGUUGGAAUUGGUCUAAAUGUGUUGUUCAUCCUGUACCACGCAGCGAGGCCGAAGAUUUCCUUAGAAAAAUUACGAAGUUGCUGUGGCGUCGAGUAUCUUAUGUUGACGCCUGAUCGUUGUCUUAUCUUUCCGUCAGUCGAUUACGUUAGAAAUUUGGUGACAAAAUAUAGUCAUCGUGUGGGUAAUUCUGUAACACCAGUGGUAAUUGAUUGCUCUCACAUUUAUGGGGCUGAUUACACAGCCGCUAUUGUCAUCGAAACAUUGACGAAGGAUUUUGCUGCGAGAAAACAGCCCCUUUUUUUUUACAACCUCAAGCCAUCGGUUUACGCUGUUUUCGAGGGAGUCGAGCCAUCCCAUUUAAUUGUUUAUUAUACACAAGAGGCUCUCGAUGAUCUUCUCAAGGAAAGGGGCUACCUCAAGCCGAUAAAGAGCAAUCCAUCGAUCGCGUGAAAAAAAAAUUCUCGUCCUUUAAAUUUGUACAUAAUAUUCCAUAAUUACGAUUGCGGUAUUCAUGAUCAAACAGUUUUAUUGAUCAAUCACGAAUAAUUAUGGAUGCAGUGGCCUUGAGAAUGCAGUGAGAUGUUUAAUCAUUCGUUAUCUCGUAUUUCUACGUGAAAUACCGUCAGCAUUGUUUAAUUGUAGGAAUCAAUUACGAGGGAGCAAUGGGAUUGAGAGGAGUUUUAAGUUUUUUAAAUGUCGAUUUAUCUCUUAAACUGUUGGAUUUAGGGGGAAAUGUGGGAUAAUGUUUUUUGGCCAGAAUUUAAUCUGCUAUGAGAAAGUUAUUUAGUGUUUUUUGUCUUAGACCGGUAGUAUUCGAGAUAAAUGGGAAUUAGAGGGAAGUGGCACUGGAAAUUAUGAUAUUGACACAAAUUCGGUGAUUAUUGACGUUUGGAUAAUGAAAUACUUCCCCUUUUUUUGAAACUGGCUCAACUUGUUAAUCGUGAGUAUGGAGUUGAAGUUUAAGUGUCGGCUCUGUGAUUAGUAUUUAACGAAAUGAUGAGAAAAUUGUCAUUUAUGCACGCAGUAUUUAUUUGAAGAUAUCAGAGUAGAUAGUCGUAGGGGACGUUGUUACAGAAUAUAUAUUAGUCCGUGUCCUCGUAAUGCCAUGUACAUCCAUUAAUUGUUAAUUCAUUAAUCAAUAAUAAUUUUACUCUACAGAUACUUAGAGGACGUUUAUUAACUCUAGAAAGUUUAAUAGAAAGAUCUCGUCAUUUCUAUUGAGUUUUUCUAUUAAAUUUUCUCACGCGCUGAUAUUUUCUCAGUAGUAAAUUCGUAGAUACAUUCAGUACUCAAAAAUACUGUGAUAAUUUUGUAAAAAGGGAAAUAAACUGUGGGAAAAUUAAGAGAACGGGGAGAUAAGGCCGCAUAUUCUGUUGACAGAAAUAUAUAUAUUUCCAAAAACUA